UGCUUUGAAGUCGUACAAUAGAUACUUCCCAGCCCUGGUACAAUACUCACCUAAAGCUGAUGGGUCUAUGUACACUGGAAGAGGCGGGGCUCCUGGGUACUACAGCAUCAGAGAGAGGAAUUGCUUAUGUAACUGGGACAGCAGAUUUAGCGGAAGGAGAGGAGGCAGAGGCUGGGGAUGGGAGCAGUGAGCUGUCGGCAGGGGCUACACACCCGGGUAUCUGCUCCUCAGAAGGUAGGGUAUGGGGCUCUUGCUGCCUAUGAAUGGAAAAUGAAUGAGGUAUGGGCCUGAGGCCAGAAAGUGCCUAGUUAAGAAGCCUGUCAGUGAUAGCCAGUGUGGGGGUCUGGGCAUAGAGGCUAUUAUGUGAAUAGCCCCACUCAGGCACAGAUUGUGUUCCUGGUUUGUCAUAGGGAAGACAGAACUGUUAUUGUCAUCAAGAUUUUGAAUUACAUUGAGGAAAUCUAGGUCACAUCACAAGGCCUGGGAAUUUUCCUUCCCUCUAGAGCAGUGGUUCUCAACCUAUGGGUUAAGACCCUUUGGGGUAGAACAGCCCUUUCCUUGAGGUCACAUUAGAUAAUCUGCAUUUCAGAUAUUUAGAUUACAACCUAUAAUAGUAGCAAUAUUACACUUAUUAAAUAGCAGUGAAAAUAAUUUUAUGGUUGGGGAUCACUAUAACAUGAGGAACUGUAUUAAGGGUUGUAGCAUUAGGAAAGUUGAACCACUGCUUUAGAGGUUAAGACUUCAGAAGGAGUACCUGUUAAGAUGGGUAGAACCUGCAGUUCCUCAUGAGCAGGCUUAGAAUAGUUCCCUUCUCAGCAGGGUGGCAACAUCCAGGGUCCCUGGGCCCGAGGCUGGAAGAGCCUCUUCUGUGGUAUGGGGGCCAUCAGGUCAGGAGUGGAAGAACUAAGGGGACUACAGAGGCAUCAGUGCCUACGUCAGGAACCCCUCCAGCCAGCCCCACUGCAACUAGAGAAGCCUCUGUCUGUGUGGCCAGUGCCUCAGUUCAUCAGCCUCUUCCUACCAGAGUUUCCUAUGAGGCCUGUUAGGGGGCAGCAGACACUGCAGAUUUUAGGUCUUGUGGCUAAAGGGUCUUUUGGAACUGUCCUGAAAGUGCUAGAUUGUGCCCAAAAAGCUGUAUUUGCAGUGAAGGUGGUGCCCAAAGUAAAAGUCCUACAGCAGGAUACCCUGAGGCAGUGCAAAGAAGAGGUUAGCAUCCAGCGACAGAUCAACCAUCCUUUUGUACACAGCUUGGGGGACAGCUGGCAGGGGAAGCGACACCUCUUCAUUAUGUGUAGCUACUGCAGUAUGGAUCUCUACUCCCUGUGGUCUGCUGUUGGUGGUUUUCCAGAGGCUUCUAUCCGUCUCUUUGCUGCUGAACUGGUCCUUGUGCUGUGCUAUCUCCAUGACUUGGGUAUCAUUCAUCGGGAUGUAAAGAUGGAGAAUAUCCUUCUGGAUGAGCGAGGCCACCUGAAACUGACAGACUUUGGUCUGUCUCGUCGCCUAUCCCAGGGAGCACGAGCCUACACUAUCUGUGGCACUCUUCAGUACAUGGCCCCCGAGGUCCUAAGUGGUGGGCCUUACAACCACACUGCUGACUGGUGGUCCCUGGGAGUGUUGCUUUUCUGUCUGGCAACUGGCAAGUUCCCAGUGGCUGCAGAGAGAGAUCAUGUGGCCAUGUUGGCAAGUGUGACCCACUGUAAAUCAGAGAUGCCAGCUUCUGCCACUCAGGAAUUCUCACUCCUGCUCCAUGAGCUCUUAUGCCAGAAUCCUCUGCACCGCCUACGUCAUCUGCAUCACUUCCAGGGCCACCCUUUCUUUCGGGGUGUGGCCUUUGACCCUGAGCUCCUAAAGAAGCAGCCAGUGGACCUUGUCAUGGAGACACAAAAUACCAGUCCAUUGGAGUCCAUGCCCUUCAAGGACUUUGACUGUGAUGUGGAGUCCUUGGUCCACACCAUCUCCGCUGAUUCUCUACUUUAGCUUGGGGGCCAGCUGGAAACCUGAGGCUUUUUACUACCAACUCAGUAUAACCACCUUGAAGAUCCAGUUUUUUCUUUGUUGUCCCUUACUAUUCUAUUGUAGGUAUUGGGCCAGAGUUUAGAUCUUAGGCAUUCUGCAGCUGAUAGCCAAAACUGUCCCUAAUGCUUUCCUAUCAUACAGCCCACCUCUCAAUCGCAGGCCAAGGCGGUUACCUUUAUUUCACUUCUCCAGUACUUUCCUUAAGCUGCCAAACAAAGGCUUCUUAAACUUUACCAUCUCCAUGUUUUUCUGCGAUACUUCCUUUCUUGGGCAAUAAUGACACUGUGAGAUCCCGAGGUGCUAAUUAUAUGUUUAACAAACUAGUCAGAAGCAACGUGAAUGUUUUUUACAGAUUGCAAAAACUGGCAUUUCAACACCUGAAUAAAUUUGCAGUUAAAAAUAUGACCUGCCAGGUGGUGGUAGUGCACAGCUUUAAUCCUAGCAUUUGGGAGGCAGAGGCAGGAAGAUCUCUGUGAGUUUGAGGCCAGCCUGGUAUACAGAGCAAGUUCCAUGACAGCCAUGGCUGUUACACAGAGGAAACCACCUCUCCAAUGAACGAUAUAGGAGUUGGAGAGAUGGCUCAGUGUUGAGAAUGAUCAUUGCUCUUGCAGAGGACUCAGUUGAGUUUUUAGCACUCAAAAUGGGGACCUCACAAGUUCCUAUAAAUCCAGCUCCAAGGAGAGCCCACACCUCUGGCUUCCUUAGAGUGAAUAUCCACAUACAUAAACAUACCCACACAGGCACAUAAAAAUAAUUUAAAAUUAAUUUUAUAUGCCAGGCAUGAUGGCACAUGCCUUUAAGUCCAGCACCCAACAAGGCAGGUAAAUCUCUGUGACUUUUGCCUGAUCUACACAGUAAGUUCCAGGACAGCCAGGCUGCAUACUGAAACCCUAUCUCAAGAAAAAGGGCAAAAUGGUCCAGUGGGUAAGGGACUUGGUGUGAAGCUAAGACUCCCAUGGGAGAAGGAAAGACACAACAUGUAUGCAAUCCCCCAAAGAAAUAAAUAAAUAGAUGAAUGUAUCUGGGCGGUGGUGGCGCGGGCCUUUAAUCCCAGCACUCGGGAGGCAGAGACAGGCAGAUCUCUGUGAGUUUGAAGCCAUCCUGGUCUACAAGAGUGAGUUCCAGGACAGCUAGGGCUGUUACACAGAGAAACCCUGUCUUUAAAAAGCAAAAAAAUAAAUAAAAAUAAAUUAAAAGUUUAAAAAAAAGGCUGGAGAGAUGGCUCAGAGGUUAAAAGCACUGACUGUUUUUUCAGAGGUCCUGAGAGAGGUCCUGAGUUCAAUUCCAGCAACCAUAUGGUGGCUCAACCAUCUGUAAUGAGAUCUGGUGCUCUCUUCUGGCCUACAACAUACAUGCAGACAGAACACUGUAUGCAUAAUUAAUAAAUAAGUCUUUUUAAACAAAGAAAAUGUGAUCUGGAAGCUACUCUUCAAUAAAUACAAUUUUUAAAAACUAGAAAGUGAAUCUAACAGUUGCCUAAUGUGAGGAAUAAAAUAGAAACUUCAGCAUGGGUGGACUAUGUCUUCUCUAGAAUAACAUGAGAGCCUCCUAAAUCUAUUCCAAAACAAAGCUUCCUAAAAGGACACAAACAUUAUUAAACUGAUCAUUUUUUCACACAGUCCAAGGUUCAGAGUUUGUUGUUGAGUUUUUUUGUUUGUUUGUUUCCCCUUUUGACCUGGACCAGCAGAGAACCAGGGAUUCAGAAAGUAAAGGAGGAAAGUUUGGGAUCAGGUCUUACACAAACUGGGCCUCAAGCCACACCAAGCGAGCUUAUUAAGGACAGCAUCU